GAGAGGCAAUGUAAUCAGCGUAAUCAGCAUAGAGAUAGAGCACAAAAAAUACAAAAUUAAUAGUAAUGUGAAUGUUUAUAAAUAAAAUUUCAAUUUUAAUGUGACUGUUUAUAACUAUCGGAAUUGCUGUAUGCCUUGUGAAGAAUACUCAUUGCCACAUUAAAUACUACCUAACUCAUACAACUACGGUUCCACAGUUCACUUUAUACCGGCAGCGGCUGGUUAUUCUAAGUAUUCAAGCCUGUUUCAGUUUAAAGCUAGACCUGGUAUCGUAAACUAAAAUCUCCGGUAAACACAGUCACAUACAAAAUGGGAGUUCGCUGGAUUCGCACAAAAAAAUAUCAGAUCUUGUCUGUUAUUUUACUGAUUUCAUUAAUCUAUUAUGUGAUCUCAUACAGAAGUAUUAUUAUGGAUGGAACAGAGGCAAGAAGUGCAUCUGCAUCUGGAUUUUGGUUUUUGGCGAAACCGCUUAGUAGAAGACAUCACAUUGAACAGUUAUUUGCAAAGCGUUUGGAAGAUGCACUUAAAGAAGACAUGGGAACAAGAUGUGAAAUGCCCAAGCUGGACCCUUUUGACAAGGAAAUCAUGCAGUUUUACCAUAAGGCAGACAAAAUACAAUGUCCCGGGUUCGAUUGGGUGAGAUGCGAGCUGUCAACCUGCAAGCUCCGCCCAGAGAUCAUAGAGAGCCACUACAACAUCGUAUGUAAAUACAGGGACAUAGUGUUUGUCACUGACAAGCAGUCGACCAUGGGGGCUCCAAUCACGGUUAACGGGAAUGAUGUGUAUAAGCUUGUGAAAAGUGACCAUGUCGAAGUGGAGUGCACUGGGUUGAGAUAUGAAGACAACAAACCAGAGAAGUGGUUUGGCUACACUCUCGGCUUCCGCAGCUCAGUGUCCCGGGUUCGACCCGAGCCGGGUCGGGAGGACACCAUCAAUGUGGUGAUGUUGGGCAUCGACUCUACAUCCAAGAAUGGGUUUAUUAGAAACAUGCCAAGGACUUAUAAGCUUUUGGAGGAAGAGUUUGGAGCUGUUAUUAUGGAUGGCUACAACAUCCUCGGCGACGGCACCCCGGCGACACUAUUCCCUCUACUCACGGGAAAGACCGAGCUGGAAUUGCCGGACAGAAGACGGGCCGUGUCUAAAGCGUUCAUAGAUGAUUUUCCCUUCGUGUUUAGAAGGUUGCAGAAAGAUGGAUACCGAACAUUGUAUUUUGAAGAUUCACCUACCAUCGGAACGUUUCAAUACAGGUUCAACGGUUUCGAGAUACAACCAGCAGACCACUAUCUUAGACAUUUCUACCUUCAUGCCAACAAACACAACAAGAAACAUCAUUACUGCAUUGGAGACACGCCUUCAUACAUGUUGAUGAUGAACAAAACAGAAGAGUUCCUCCGUCUAGACGGCAAGAAGUUCGCGUUCUCGUUCAUAGCGGACGUCACGCACGACCGGAUCAUGUUGUCAGCGAUCGACGACGAUGUCAGCGAGUGGCUCAUGAGGUUCAGGAAUGAGGGACAUGGGGAGAACACGCUGCUGGUUGUGCAUGCCGAUCAUGGACCCAGAUUCGCCAAGGAGCGAAGCACAUACAUAGGCAAGCUGGAAGAGCGUCUGCCAUUCCUCGCUAUAAUGCUGCCAGAGUCAUAUAAAAGGGCUCAUCCGAAGGCCCUAGACAUACUGAAAGCGAAUAAGAAGAUGUUGACCACCCCACACGACUUGUAUGAGACGUAUGUGGAAAUGCUGGGACUGUAUGGAUGGAAGAAUCUGCACAAAGUGCCCGGCUCUGAAUUGCCGAGAGGACUUUCAAUGUUGGAACCGAUCCCCCCCACCCGCACGUGCGCCGAGGCCGGCAUCGAGGCGCACUGGUGCGCUUGCGUCAAGUGGGUCAACGUGACGCCCAGUGACGUAUUGUACGGGAGAAGUGCGCAAGCUCUGGUGGAUUAUAUUAAUGCGUAUACUGAGGUCGCCAGAUCCCAGUGCGUACUCCGCAUGCUAACGUCCAUAGACUACGUGCUCCGCCAGGCGCCCAACAAACGCCUUCUGACGUUCAAACUGACCAAGGACAGUGACGGAUAUGUACCCGACUUCAAUGGACAUACGGAGACGGAUAAAGUCACUUUUACUGUAAAGAUCGCGGUGGCCCCUGGUUUCGGCGUGUAUGAAGCCACGAUGACCUACCUCGUGAAAGAAGAUAAGUUCCAACUGGACUAUCACUCCAUCUCUAGGAGUAAUGGUUACAACAACGAACCGAGCUGCAUAAGUGCCACUCAUCCACACUUGAACAUGUAUUGUUACUGCAAACAGUACUUAAAUACCAACACGUAGGGUAGGCUUUUGGUUACGCCAUCUCAUUGAAAGUUGACUGUGAUUUCUGACAUAGACAAUUAGAGGCAAAAGAAAGAAUACUGGGCCUCUAGUACGAGUUUUGCAAUUUAUGUAAACGAAAAAAGUUUUACUUUUCUGCUGUCAUCUGCAUACAUUAUCUGUCAAAAGUUUCAUGAUAGUUUCCGCUAGAAACGCCACUUUGUAUGUGAGAAAACUUAAACUUUUAUAGUUUUCGACGAACUAUCAAACCUGUACUAGACGUACUUUACAUUUUAAUGAUGGCACAAAUAAACAAAAUGUACAGUUUGGUGAGAAGAAACCUGACCCUGCUCACAGUGACAAUACUAUGUAAAAAAAGUUUAAUUAUAAACGUCGCUAAACUCAUUAAAAAAAAUAUUUAUAGAAAAUACUCAACAUAAUAUUGAAUGCCACGGCCCAGUUGCCACCUAAUCCGGCAUAUUUAUAGACGUAGGUCAACUCGUGUAUAAUGUACGGUCAUGUGCAGAGAAACCUGACCCCACUCUCAUGGUAACAAUGCUUCUGAGAGGGGUUAGGUUUAUCAAGUACGCAAUCACAUUAUGUACAUAUCACAUAAUCGCGAUAUAAUUACGCUUAUCUAUGUCGAUAAUGGAGCCGUGGAGUCAGGACAGGACAUGAAACCUGUAACUAUAUUCAUAAUUUACGUUUAGGAUGAUGACACUGAAAAAAUAUGUAUUUUAUAGAAGACUGUGUAGAAAAAUUUAAGGGUAUUUUGAAAAUACCAAUAAAAAAAUACUUUCCUAAUUUACUAAAAAUAACACCAAAGAAUGAUAAGUCACAAAGUGUUGUAAAUAAAUAAUUAGUUGGAAAUAUAUAAGUGUUGUAAAAAACAAGUAUUUGUACAAAUAAGUUUUACAAAACUAACCGUUUCAAUCUCAAAUUAUCUCGUUUUUUCUGUUAAAUGUAAGGAUU